GAGAGAGAGAGAGAGAGAAUGAGACACACAAGUGCUGCAGCAUUACAGCAAAUCUUCUUAUAUUAUAUGAUAAUAUUUGCAAACAGUGUCAAGAGGUUUGGACGGCUCCCCCACCCUAUUUAAACCCACAACCAUCUCUCCUUUUGCCUACAUCUAAAAGCAAGCAGCACCCAUUAGCCAUUACAUUAGUUUACCUCCCUAGCUACCUCUAUCAGCAUUCCAACAGUUAACCGAAAAAUGAGGAGUGUUGGGUUUAAGAAGGGUUUUACAUUUGUGCUUCUGAUUGCUCUGCUUGUGUGGUCUUCAAAUCUUGAGAGCUGCAGUGCUAGAAGAGGCAGGCAUUGGAGGAGGAGGCGGCACAGUAGGAGUGGCGCCACCGCUGCCUUAUCGGCUUCUCUGAUCAAGAAGAAGGACACAAAGGGCCAGAACCACCACAAUGGCGGCGGCGGCGGAGGAUGGAAAGCCCCGGCCACAAAAGCUCCUUCGUAUUCACGGCCAGCCCGAGGGCCGAAACAGGGCACCCCGGUAGCCCCACCUCAGGGGAGUGCCCACUCCUCUGUGUUCAACGUGUUGAAUUUUGGCGCUAAGGGCGACGGGAAAACCGAUGACACAAAGGCAUUCGAAGCCGCAUGGACAGCUGCUUGUAAAGUGCAGGCAUCAACGGUCAUCGUUCCAUCGGGAUCCACAUUCCUUGUGGGACCCAUAUCAUUCUCGGGUCCAUACUGCGCGCCAAAUAUUGUAUUUCAGCUGGAUGGCACAAUCAUCGCCCCAACAAACUCACAGGCCUGGGGUUCAGGUCUCUAUCAAUGGCUUGAAUUCUCAAAGCUCAAAGGUAUCACGGUUAUGGGAAAAGGCACCAUCGAUGGAAGAGGCUCAGUCUGGUGGCAGGACUCCCCAUACGAUGAACCUGUGGAUGAUGAAACAAAGUUAAUUGUCCCAUUGAACAACACAGUGCAAGAACAUCCACCAAUGCCGAUAAACACCAAACUUGGUGGGAAAAUGCCAAGCCUCAAGCCAACGGCACUGAGGUUCUAUGGGAGUUUUAAUGUGACAGUCACGGGCAUCACAAUUCAGAACAGUCCUCAAUGCCACCUCAAGUUUGACAAUUGCAUUGGCGUCAUGGUAUUUCAAAUGAGCGUUUCGUCUCCUGGUGACAGCAUCAACACAGAUGGAAUCCAUCUGCAGAACUCCCGAGAUGUGAACAUCCACCAUACCAAUCUUGCUUGCGGAGAUGACUGUGUUUCUAUACAGACUGGAUGCUCAAAUGUAUACAUACACAACGUGAACUGUGGACCAGGACAUGGAAUCAGCAUUGGAGGGCUAGGAAGGGAUAACACCAAAGCCUGCGUCUCGAAUGUCACCGUCAGAGACAUUAUUAUGCACAACACAAUGACUGGCGUCAGAAUAAAGACAUGGCAGGGAGGGUCAGGAUCAGUGCAAGGAGUACUGUUCUCAAAUAUUCAAGUUUCUGAAGUUCAGCUUCCAAUAGUAAUUGACCAGUUCUAUUGUGACAAAAUGAAAUGCAGCAACCAGACAUCGGCAGUCUCUCUAUCAGGAAUCAAUUAUGAAAAUAUCAGAGGAACAUACACAGUAAAACCCGUACAUUUUGCCUGCAGUGACAACCUCCCAUGUAUAGAUGUCACCCUGGCUGGCAUCCAAUUAAAACCUCUGCAAGAACGCUAUCACCUAUAUAAUCCCUUCUGUUGGCAAACAUUUGGAGAGUUGAACACUCCUACCAUCCCUCCAAUCGAUUGUUUACAGAUUGGCAAGCCACCAAACAACCGGAUUCAAACUGCUCAUGAGGCUUGUUAAGCUUAGCCUAGGAAUUUUAUGGUAUGUUCAUUUGCUUGUGUGGUUGGCUUGAUUUCCACACCCCUUCCAUACCAUUUAGUUAGAUAAGAGAGAGUCAAUUUUUGUAAUAGUAGUUCAUAGGAAUUAGGUUGCAUUUAGUUCCAACUGGUGAGAAUAUAUGGGAAACAUUGUUAGCUAGAGUUAAAUAGAAAAAUAUAAGGCAUCAUUGCUUGGUAUGGUGAUUGCCUGAUUGUGAGAUUGUACCUGGGUGCCUGAGUGCUAGAUGUCCAAUAAAUAAAGCACCAUAUCUUUACUUUCGGAUUUAAAA